AAUUGGUCAGAAGUAUAACUGGAUAAAACUUUCCUUUGAAAAUCCUCGUGAGAUUUCACCCUUUCCUUUCUUCUUCCGCUUUCGCAAACCCUAACCAUAGUCAUGGGUAAGCAGGCUGUGAAAUCGAAGAAGGGACCGAAAAGCAACCCUAGCAAUAACUCCCAGAAUAUAGACAACGUUCAAGCGAAACCUCAAAAGAGGAGGCGGCAGCCGCGGAAACGAUCCAAACCAGUAAAAAAAAAUGACCCCAUUCUCUUCGAAAGUGAUCACGGCACAGACGAAGAAGACCAGCCCUCUACCGAGGAUCUCAAGCGCCUCCUUGAACCGUACUCCAAGGACCAACUGAUCACGUUCUUGACCGACGCCGCCGCCGACGACCCCGGCCUUCUCUCCCACAUUCGCUCGGUAGCCGACAAUGACAUUGCCCACCGCAAGAUAUUCGUACGCAGCAUAGGCUGGGAUGUUACAACGGAAACUCUUCUCAAUGCUUUCCGCCCUUACGGCUCCAUCGUUGACUCCAAAAUCGUCGUUGACAAGGUUUCCGGUCGCAACAAGGGGUAUGGCUUCGUGGUCUUCUCCAAUCGCAGUAGCGCUGUGAAGGCGCUUAAAGAGCCCGAGAAGAAGAUUGGGACUCGCAUGACCUCUUGUCACCUUGCCUCAAUUAGCUACGUUGCACGUGCAAGCAGCUCGAAAGAUUUCGGCCAGAGAAGGAUUUACGUGAGUAACGUCCCUACUGACGUGUCCCCAGACAAGCUCAAAGAUUUCUUUGCUACUUUUGGAGAAAUAGAGAGCGGCCCUACUGGUUUCGAUGCGAUCACUGGGAAGUGUAGAGGUUUUGCUAUUUUCGUUUACAAGACGCAGGAUGGAGCAAACAGGGCUCUGCAGGAGCCGUUCAAGAUGUUUGAGGGGCAUCGGCUGAAUUGUAAGGUAGCCCUGGAUCGUUCUCAGAAGGAAAAAUUUCCUUUUACUCCCCCAGCACCUCAGAGCCUGCCGGUUAUAAAUCAACAGCCAGCCCUAAAUGGGGUGGCGGCAGCACAGAACGUUGCUAUGCUCGGCCAGAAUCCAGCUUACAGCAUGUUGUUCGUUCAAAACCCACUUUUCACAAAUGCAACUCUGAAUCCGAAUUCCCUUGCUGCAUUGAAUCCUGCUGCGUUGGCUGCAUUUAAUCCCACUGGUAAUUUGGUUACACCUCAAGGACAGGGCUAUGGGGUGCAGGGUUAUGGGGCUCAGGGUUAUGGGGCUCAGGGUUAUGGGGGACUUGUUCAUGGCGGUGUUGGACUUGGGUUGGGAGUUUCUAAUGCAUUCGGGACCUAUAGAACACAAGAAAGUGCUGCUUCAUCUUAUGGAGGAUCUCAAUUAGGACAAUCUCCAUCUUUGACUCCAGCAACUGGCUUUUAUAGGAGUUUACUUCCGUAGUAUGAUGUGAUUCUUGCCACUAGACUCAAACAACACGUAAUUCUUCAAGCUAACUUAUUCGGUGUCACUAUUUUGGCCAAGUACAACACAAAAACAACAUAUAUAGCAAGUGGGGUGAUUUUUGACUGUGUGGUAAUUUUGUAAGUAGGACUGCCACAAACAACAGCUUUAAUUGGGUUGCAGCUUAAGCAGACGAUCAUUUUUGGAUUUGCUGGUAAAGAUCUUAAAGAAAAGUCCUUGUGGUUGUGUCCUUAGAAGAGAUUUGAGGGUUUUCCAAAUUUAUGAGAGCGCCUCGUCAUAUAUUUCCAUUGAAAUUUCACAUGCACCCUCUUUGAUGAAUACAUCUACUUUCCAUGA